CCAGAAAAUCUGAGACAUGGCAUCUCGAAAGAGAGCUUCAUCAAACCUUAAUACCACUUCUGUCUCAACCGCAACACAAAAUAACACCACGACACACUCAACUCACACCACCUUGCUGCCUCCAACAAAAGCUAGCAACAUGCUCAAACUGUCUCUUCUCUUAUUCCUCCCAUACUUUUACUUGAUAUUUUAUCAUUAUGGCAACAUUAUCGAUGCGCAGCUCAAGAGAUCGAUACUCAUCAAUGCUGGUCUCAGCAUUUUCGGCUUUUUCGUUACGAUAAGAUUGAUCCCGGUGGCUUCCAAAUAUCUCCUCAGGCGUAAUAUGUUUGGUUAUGAUAUUAACAAGAAAGGCACUCCUCAGGGCUCCGUUCAUGUGCCCGAAUCUCUUGGGAUUGUUGUUGCUGCUGUUUUCUUGGUAGUGGCUAUCUUAUUUCAGUAUUUCAACUUCACUUCAGAUUCCAAUUGGCUUGUUGAGUAUAAUGCAGCACUAGCAUCAAUCUGCUUCAUGGUUUUGCUUGGCUUUGUGGACGAUGUUCUUGACAUCCCUUGGAGGGUGAAACUGGUCUUGCCAUCAAUUGCAGCUCUUCCGCUUUUGAUGGCCUAUGCCGGACAUACAACCAUUAUUAUUCCAAAGCCUCUUGUUUCAUAUUUUGGAGUUGAGAUCUUAGAUUUAGGAUGGGUGUACAAACUAUAUAUGGGACUUCUGGCAGUAUUCUGCACAAACUCGAUUAACAUUCAUGCUGGUAUAAAUGGCCUGGAGGUUGGGCAGACUGUUGUCAUUGCAUCUGCUAUAUUGGUACAUAAUAUCAUGCAAAUUGGAGCAUCGACUGAUCCCGAGUAUCAGCAAGCUCAUGCAUUCUCCAUCUACUUAGUUCAACCAUUACUUGCAACUUCCUUGGCUUUACUAUGUUUCAACUGGUAUCCUUCGUCUGUUUUUGUAGGCGAUACCUACACAUACUUUGCUGGAAUGACAAUGGCUGUAGUUGGAAUCUUGGGCCACUUUAGUGAAACACUCCUUCUAUUCUUUCUUCCUCAAAUUUUCAACUUCCUGUUAUCGCUUCCUCAGCUUGCAGGAUUUAUACCUUGUCCACGGCAUCGACUGCCAAGGUUUGACCCUCAGACAGGACUACUGACUGGAACAACUGAUGGUACCCUUGUGAACUUGUCCUUGAGACUGUUUGGCCGAAUGUCUGAGAAGUCCCUUUGCAUCGUACUGCUAGUUUUACAGGUUGUCGGGUGCUGUUUCUGCUUCAUGCUGAGAUGGAUCCUUACUGGCUGGUACAAAUAAGGUGGUGCAAGCAUCAGCUCAAUUCCUCUCCUGUAGAUGUCAAGGUCUAAGUGGUUUCAAUACAUUGCAUAGAAACACUAGGGAGUAUCGAUAGGUGAUAAGUACAUUGCAUAGAGACACUGGCGAGGAUAGACGUGUGUAAAACAUCACUUCGGCUAAUGAUUUUGUAGAUGCAACCACGUUUAAGGCCAAGGCAUAAAUAAUGGAGGGACUGUAAAACAGGCUGAAUGGUCAGCCAGAAAAUAAAUUCAUCAAUAUCAGUUCCACAAAUUACAGCACCAAAAUCUACUUUUAAAGUGCCAAA